AUGGAGAUGGACGCGCUGCAGGCACAGAUUCAGACGGAGCUGCCCUUUUGCCGGUUGUGCUUCUCGCAGGCGUGCGUCCUGUACGAGCUGUUCCCCGGUGCGGGCAACGACAACGAAUCUCUACUGCUGAAGAUCCUGGAGGUUUUGGCCAUAGCGAUAAGCUUUGACGAGGACCUGAACUCGUUCAUUUGCGGCAAGUGCGUAUCGACGGUGGAGGACUUUUUCGAGUACAAGGAAAAAGUGAAGGAAAAUGAUCUGCUGCUGCGUGAAAAGCGCAAAUCGGUUGACCAUGCGACCGCAAUUUACAACGUGGUUAGCAUGCAGCCGGACGCAACGAACAGCAGCGCCUCGAACGGGGCCACUGGUGCUGGCGGUGGUUCCGAGCUGGGCGCCGGUGGCAUCGACGAACCGCAGGUUGGACUCGACCAGCGUAUCUCGAUCGAUGGUGGACCACCGCUGAACGGAAACAUUAUCGAGUUCAAGAAGCAGCUCUUCACGGCCUCGCCGUCCCAGCUUGGCAUUUGGUUGUGUGUGGCCUCGGGCAGUGACAUCCAGUGUCCGGCUGCGAUCGAAGUAGACGACAACAUCCAGGUGGUGGCCGAAAUUGGCCAGCAUAACCACGGGCUGCCGGUGUCGGUACCAGAAAACCCACCGGAAACGAAUCCGACCAAGCAGCAGCAGCAACAGCAGUCACAUCCGGCGCCGCCGCAUCACCAGCACCACCACCAACAGCAACAACAGCAGCAGCAAGUGCCGGAACAUCAACACGAGGAGGACACAAUCGUGGUGACGCCGGAUGGCAGUGCUCCUGCUGGGUUGCUGGCUACGGCCGGUGCCGUUACACCGACGGUCGCAAACAGUUCGUCCCGGGGUGGUGGUGCGGCCACCAAAACAUCAUCGUCCUCGUCAAACGCGUCGAAGAAGAAGAAAUCACGAGACCAACCGUCAAAGCGCAAGGUCUCGAAUGACAUGCUGGUGGGCGAUGGGUGGCUCACGGAUGUUACGACGAUGAAACGCAACCACUACCAGCUCGUCACGAAGGACGGCUACCAGACGUUCCUGAUCUACAAUGGGUAUCGCUUCCGGACGCAGCAGAAGAUCCGCAACGGCAUCGCGGCGUGGAAGUGUGCGUGGAACGGGCGCAAGGGUUGCCAGGCCAUACUGCACAUCACGGAGGACUACCAGAAGGUGCGGGAGGUCGGUUCGCCACACAACCACGAGCCGUCGCUGCGUGAUCGCAUCAUCUCGAACAAGCCUACCAAUGGUAAUACGUCCGACCAGAGCAUCAUCAUGCAAUCGGACAGCGAAGAGAUGGGCGAGAUGCACAAAAUUGCGGUUGCUGCAAGUGCCGUCGCCACCGGAAGUGGUGGAGCUGCCGGUGGACUUGCCACGGAAACGAUAACGCUGGGCGGUGGUGCCACCGUGGUGGCCAUCAGUACGACAGCGCCAAACGUGGCGUCCCACAACAACACCUCCACAACGGGCUCCACGCUUGACCUCACCUCGGAGAUGGACUUCGUGCAGCAGAGCAGUAGCAGCGGCAGCGAGCUGAUUACCACCACCGCCACCACCACCUCCAGUAGCACUCCGGGGUCGUCCUCGUCGGGUGAUCAUGCGGGCACGACUGGCCACCCACACCACCAGCACCACCAUCAUCAGCAUCAGCAACAACAUCAUCAUCAUCAUCAUUCGCACCAUUCCCACGAGGUGGUCGGUGUCGUAGACGAGGUGGUGGGCAAGGACGACGCGACGAUGUCGAUGGACAUUGAGGACAUCAUUCGUCCGCACGUGGUGCUGCAACCGGCCAGCGAAUAAUGUGUAUUGAGGGGGAGGAAAGUUCGCGUACGUCUUUUAAUCGCCACGUCACGCCUUCCAUCGCUAGCCGCAGGAGGGAGAUCGGACCGAUCGGUGGCAACUGAACUCAGAAGGAUGUGCCGCCGGCGGACGGGUUAUCGUCAACGCAACCGAGUUGCAACGGCGCAUGUGAGCGAGUCCCUAACGCCCAGAACAUCCAUCGUCCAGCCAAGAACGAGUUAUCGGGUGUUGGCGAGAACUAGGUGAACAUUUGUAAAAAAGAAAGAAAAGAAAAACAAACGCGUAGUAAUAGGAACUGGACAAAAAAACGAAUACUAGAGAUAGUCUUUUCGACUAAAAUGCUCUUCAUGGA